AUGGAAGCUCCAAGGAAUCGCAAACAGCGCCGUGCGGCAGCUGGACCUUCCUCUAAAAACGACGAACCCGAAAUCGCCAUGGCCCAUCCCCCACGCAAUGAUCCAACCAAAAACAAACCAACCGUCGAGCGCACACUAUAUGACAUCAUCGCAGAGCGACAGAGCGGACUCCAUCAAAAGGAGGGAGCAAUUCCAGCUUCGGUAGAAGCACAAGGCAUACCGCCACAGUCAGGGGGGGACCCGAUUCGUGACAGUCGACGCGUCUGGGGAACUGGUCGACACCGACGGCGACAUCAGCAGCCAUCUCGCGUCAAAUGCCUCACAAAAGAAGACCAAGAAACGUGA